AUUCAUUCACUCUCUCCUCAAAGGAAAAGGGAAGAGCCCAAAAAGGGGGGGAAAAUGAAGAGAGAGUGAUAGGUCAGUGGGAGAGAAAGACAGAGACAGAGAAAGAGGGUCUCUUUCUUUUUGGAGUAUUGGGUCAGGUUCUUUUGGCAAUGCCCAAGUUGGUCUUCACGCUCUCUCAGUCUCAAGAAAAUGCAGUAUCAGCAGGAGGCAUGAAAAAACCACUUCUUCAAAUAUCUCUCUCACACUCUGCAACCGCAACAAUCUUCAUUCGUUUUCUUCGCUUUCCCUCUUUCCUCUCUCGUCUUCUUUCCCAUGGCUGGUUUGAUCGAUCUCAACAACACCACCGAGGACGAUGAAACGCCGUCGUUUGGUUCCUCCUCCGUGUGCUUGGAACUGUGGCACGCGUGCGCGGGUCCUAUGAUCUCCUUGCCUAAGAAGGGAAGCGUUGUCGUGUACUUUCCUCAAGGACACUUGGAACACCUUCACGAUUUUCCGCUCCCUGCCUCUCUUAAUAUCCCUUCCCAUGUGUUCUGUCGCGUUGUUCAUGUCAACCUUCAUGCUGAGGAAGGGAGCGAUGAAGUGUAUUGCCAAGUGUUGUUGGUCCCUGAAAGUGAGCAAGUGCAGCAAAAGUUGCGAGGAGGGGAAAUUGAUGCUGACGGGGAAGAGGAGGAUAAUGAAGCUGUGAUGAAGUCAACACCCCACAUGUUCUGCAAGACUCUUACUGCUUCUGAUACCAGCACUCAUGGAGGGUUCUCUGUGCCUCGUCGUGCUGCUGAGGAUUGCUUUCCUCCCCUGGAUUACAGCCUACAGAGACCUUCACAGGAGCUUGUGGCAAAGGAUCUGCAUGGCCAGGAAUGGAGGUUUCGACAUAUUUACAGGGGGCAACCUCGAAGACACUUACUUACUACUGGAUGGAGUGCAUUUGUGAACAAGAAGAAACUUGUGUCCGGGGAUGCCGUACUGUUUCUUAGGGGUGAUGAUGGGGAACUGAGAUUGGGAAUUCGUCGGGCUGCCCAACUGAAAAGUGGCAGUGCCUUUUCAACACUCUCCAGCCAGCAAUUGAAUCCUAGCUGUCUUAUGGAAGUGGUUAAUGCUUUAUCUACAAGAUGUGCCUUUAGUGUUCAUUAUAAUCCGAGGGUCAACUCAUCUGAGUUCAUCAUACCUGUCCAAAAAUUUUUAAAGAGCCUUGAUUAUUCUUAUUCAGUUGGAAUGAGGUUCAGGAUGCGUUUUGAAACUGAAGAUGCUGCAGAGCGAAGAUUCACAGGAUUGAUUGUUGGAAUUAAUGAUGUGAAUCCUGUUAGGUGGCCUGGAUCAAAAUGGAGAUGCCUACUGGUGAGGUGGGAUGACUUAGAAACCACAAGGCAUAAUAGGGUUUCUCCAUGGGAGAUUGAACCAUAUGGUUCUGCUUCCACUGCCAAUAACUUGAUAGCAGCUGGUUUGAAAAGGACUAAGAUUGGAUUGCCUUCAGCAAAGCUAGAAUUUCCAGUUCCCAAUGGGAUUGGGACAUCAGACUUUGGGGAAUCACUAAGGUUCCAGAAGGUCUUGCAAGGUCAAGAAAUGUUGGGUGUUAAUACUACUUUUGAUAGUAUUAGUGCUCAGAGUCACCAACUAUCUGAAUUAAGGAGGUGCUAUCCUGGUUCAAACUGUCCUGGGAUCGCUGCAACGACAGGAAAUAGUAUCAGAAUCCCACAAGUGAGUUCUGAUCUUUCCUGCAACGGCAUAGGCUUUAGUGAAUCUUUCCGAUUCCAGAAGGUCUUGCAAGGUCAAGAAAUACUUCCUAGCCAACCAUAUGCUAGGGCCUUGUCUGUUGAUGAGGCUUGUGGAAAUGGUCGCUUUGGACUUUUCGAUGGUUACCAGGCACUGAGAUCCAAAAAUGGAUGGUCUUCCAACAUGAAUAACAAUUCUUCACUUUUGCAUCCACCGGUUCCAUCCAGGCAAGUGUCAUCUCCAUCAUCCGUGUUAAUGUUCCAGCAAGCAGUCAAUCCGGUUUCAACCUCGGAUUAUAACAAUAAAAUCAAUCAGGUGAUGAAGGAUAAAGUCCAUCAACGAGGUUCAUAUGCUUCUGAAGUAGAAGGUGGAACUUUUGUAUCAACUCCUGCUUAUGAACCUAUUCUUUGUGGACUAGCUCAUGAGGGCACAAAUUCUUUUGCUAUUUCAAAAUUGCAUAAUCAGUUGGAUAGUUCAUGCUCACAUGAUUCCAUUUCAGUACUGAGAGGCAGUCAAGAGUUGGUUUCCUCUUGUAAAAGUAGCUGCAGAGUCUUUGGUUUUUCAUUAACAGAGGGUGCUCCUGUUGCUAAUAAAGAGGCUGAUGCAUCUCCAGUCGCUUGUCAAUUAAAUUCUGGAGCUUCCUUUACAAGGCAUGUUGAAGAUGAUUUUCAUCCAGGGCAUUCGCUUAGAAACAAGGCAGUUGGAAGUUAUUGCACCAAAGGUGUGCUGCAGUAUUGACCUUAAAAUCAUGAUGCAUGCUAGUUGUGACACGGGCGUGAGGUAGCAGAGGAUAAUGUCCUUAGUUGUUGUACUUUAUGUAUGUGCUUUGCUAUAAUAACCAUAGAUUUUGAAGACCAAAAAAGUUGUAACUAUUCGCCAAAUUCAGAUAUUUAUCUUUUAAAAUUGGCUGACUCACAUUCAAGCUCCUGUAUUAAUCUUUUAUGGUAUGUUUAUUGACCGGUAUGAGGCAACCUCAAUCCGAUGCAUGUUUAUCCACCUUUUGGUUAUAUGCUGAACAAAGUGGCAGUGCAUAGCGCUUCAUUUAUCUUAAAUUGGGUAUGACAACAUUAGAGAUCAAGAGCUCUUUAUUUUUG